AUGAAGACAGGAAUUCUUGAAGUACUUCUUGUUAAUGCUAAAGGCAUUAGACACACAAACCUUGUUGGUACACCUUCCUACUUUGUGGUUAUUGAAUGGGGCAGUGAGACUCAAAGAAGCAAAAUUUCAUCAGGAAAACAUAAGAAACCUUGGUGGAAUGAGAAAUUCAUAUUUGAUUUGUCAUUGUUUGAUUGCAAGAACUCAACCCAUCUUAAGUGUAGAAUCAUGGACACAGAACUCUUCACAAAUGGUGGAUUUGUUGGUGAAGCCAAGAUUUACAUAGGUGGAAUAAUCUCUGAAGGAACUGAGCGGGGAUAUGUAGAAAUAAAACCAGCUGCAUAUAAUGUGGUCCUUGAAGAUGACACCUACAAAGGACAGAUAAAGAUUGGAUUCAAAUUCAUUGCAAAUAAAGAAAAGUACAUGAUGGAGAAAAGGGUUCAAUUUGUUGCUGAGAAGAAUGAACCGUGCCAUUCAAUUUGUGAAUCCAUUUGGAGAAUAUCAUUGUGGAAAGUCUUGUUUUUCUACGAUAAGAGUUCCAAAUGCAAACAAAAGAGGAAUUAA